UAGUCCAGGUCGGGCUCUUAUUUCGGCGGAGUGUGGUUUCUCCGGUUCCGGUGUGUGGGCGCCUCUCUCCGGGUGUCUUGACGGAGCUCGGCGGCAGACACGCUCACACCCGCUCAUGCACCCCGUAAGUGUCGGCAGUAGACCGGUGGAGGGCUGCAGGACGGGACCGACCGCAGCACCGGGACAAAAACAAAACCUCCACUCAGACUGGACACGUUUUACGACUGGGGAAACGCGAGAUCUGUGUGGAACAACACAAGGAAUCCACUGGUGACAUGUAAGGAGCUGCUUUCUCAUGAAAUGUAGCGUUUUUGCUUCAUGCAUCAGCCUUCGUCAUUAGUGCUGAUGUGUCACCAACCCUGCAACUGCACGUCCAGUAAGACACUCAGACAUCUGCAAAGACACUGUGCUGGCUGACGGAGACAGUCCAACUCAUACGAGCCACAUGAGUCACAGAUGACUGAUGGAUGAUGCAACGAUGCCCGGGUCGAAGUCUUUUUGCAGAUCAAGAGCUAAAUGGACCAACGGAGUAGGAGAAAGUGUUUUUAUAUGCUUUUGACCCUCAUACAUUUAUCUUGCCACUGACAAAAACAAUUCCAAUCUCAGGCAGUUUAAAGGCAAUGACCUAAUUGAGAUUAAAUGACCUCACAGUGAUAAGUAACCCGCCUCCUCACUGGGUGAUGGAAGAUAAUCACAAAUGGACUCUUAUCAUUGUAGCUGGAGUGUGUGAGGUUACAUGAGAUUUCUUUGUGCUGUGUGUGGAGGGACAAUUAACUCAGAGGGGUGAGCUUGAUGCUACAAACAGCAAUGUUGCGUCGUGGACUCCUUGCCUGGAUCUCCCGUGUCGGGGGUGUGCUUGUACUCCUGUGCUGCUCCCUAUCGCUCCUCUACGUGAUGACCUGUAGUCCGCCACACUCCGAUGACACCCCGAUGAGUCACGCUCUGCCCCGCGCCGGUCACAACCAUGCCAGCCUGGGUGGAACCAGACCAGGGGCUGGUGCAGGUGCUGGGGGAAUGGGAGGCGGUGGAGCGGGGCCUCCCCAAAGCGGUGGCCCACCAGGUGUCCAGUCCUAUCAGGCGCUCCUCCAAGAACGAGAAGAGCAGCACCGCCUCCACAUCUCAUCCUUGAAAAAGCAGAUAGCACAGUUGAAGGAGGCUUUGCAGGAGCGCAGCCAGCAGCUAAAAGGAGUGCAGGAGAGCCUGAAGAGAGCUGCUGGGGGUUUAGCAGAAGGACAAGAAGCAGGGACUGGGUCCCAGGGUGGCCAGGGGGAGGCGCAGGGUUCAAAGAGCCAGCAGGCAGACCUCCAGGAGUUCCUAAAGAGCCAGCUGUCGAAGGCUGAGGUGAACGCUGGGGCCAGGCUGCCUAGUGAAUACGCUGUGGUGCCCUUUGAGAGUUUCACCCUACAGAGAGUUUAUCAGCUGGAGAUGGGGCUGACACGUCACCCCGAGGAGAAACCUGUGAGGAAGGACAAGAGAGAGGAACUAGGGGAGGUGCUUGAAACAGCUCUGCACAGCCUCAACAUGCCUUCAUCUCAGCAGGACAGCAGGAGAGCAGCGGAAAAGACUCAAACUAGCAAAGUCUAUACACCAUCUGACUUCAUAGAAGGUAUCACCCGCACAGAGAAGGACAAGGGGACGUUAUACGAGCUGACCUUCCGAGGAGAGUCAAGCAAUGAAUUCAGACGCCUGGUCCUCUUCCGCCCAUUUGGCCCGCUCAUGAAGGUGAAAAACGAGAGGGUGGACACGGCCAACGUCCCUAUCAACAUCAUCGUCCCGCUCUCCAGACGCACGGACAAGUUCAAACAGUUCAUGCACAACUUCAGGGAAGUUUGUGUGCGCCAGGAUGGCCGGGUCCAUCUGACAGUGGUGUAUUUUGGGAAGGAGCAGAUGAACGAGGUCCGCAGCACUCUGGAGAACACAUCCAGGGAAGUUAAUUUUAAGAACUACACCCUGCUGCAGCUGGACGAGGAGUUUUCUCGAGGACGGGGUCUAGACGUCGGGGCCCGAGCCUGGAAAGGAGGCAAUGUGCUACUUUUCUUUUGCGACGUUGACAUCUACUUCACGGCCGACUUCCUCAACACCUGCCGACUGAACACACAGCCUGGUAAAAAGGUGUUCUACCCAGUGUUAUUCAGCCAGUACAACCCCACUCUAAUCUACGGAGGCACAGAGCAUGUCCCACCUGUGGAGCAGCAGCUGGUGAUCAAGAAAGACACGGGGUUCUGGAGGGAUUUUGGUUUUGGCAUGACCUGCCAAUACAGAUCCGACUUCAUCAACAUAGGAGGUUUUGACAUCGACAUUAAAGGCUGGGGAGGCGAAGACGUCCACCUGUACCGGAAGUACCUCCACAGUAACCUGCUGGUGGUCCGAGCGCCGUCCCGGGGCCUGUUCCACCUGUGGCACGAGAAGCACUGCGCCGACGAGCUCCCCCCGGACCAGUACCGCAUGUGCAUGCAGUCCAAGGCCAUGAACGAGGCCUCGCACGGCCAGCUGGGCAUGCUGUUCUUCAGACACGAGAUCGAAGCCCACCUCCGCAAGCAGAAGCAACAGCAAAACCCCAAGAAGACAUGAAGACGCGAGUCAGAUCCCAUCAGCGCGACGACUGCAAACGCCUCAGAGCCAACCGAUGGGACCUGCGUGGGAGUCAGUGAAAUAAAUGUGAAGUUUUCUUUUUGUUUUUUAAAGGACUCCGAGCGUCUUGUGACCGUCGCUGUGGAAAGGACGAUGGAAGCCUGUGAUCCACACACCUGGUGUAUCUACUAAACGUCCACUUUGUCCCUCAGGUCUUUCAGGAGGAGACACGCUCAGCCUCAGUCGGAGCUUCGUCUGAACCUUGUGCCUUGUGUGAGUUGAACCUAAACACUGUCUCCUCUGAAGGACCAGUGAACGUUUCUAACCUACUGACAGGUUCUUCUGUUGGGUAGUAGCGCCAUCUAGUGGAUUGAAGUGAAUUACAUGUUAAAGGUAAAAACAAUGAAGGACUCCUUUUAAAGCCCAAGUUGGAUUUUAUAUGAACUAUCAGUAAUAUUCAUUCCUUUAUUUAUGUUUUUUUUUUUUCUUUUCCAUAAGUUUGAUUUCUGUUUUUUAUUAUUAUUAUUAUUAUUAUUAUUAUUUUUAUUUUAACCCAGGGGUCUC